AUGUAAAGGAAAUAGUAAUUCGAAAGUGAUUUCAAUAAUUUCUAAGAAGCAAGCAAAACCUCACUCGAUUAAAUGUUCAAACUACAAGACCUCAAUGAAAAGAAUAAGGAAACCUGUCUCAGAAACGCUAAGACUUUUGAAUUAUUUGCUACUUGUAUGGAAAGACAUGAGGGCAAAAUAGACAACAUAGCUAAGUAUCUCUCUAUGAAGAUGCUCUUUAUCGAAAAAUAAGCAUUAGAAUGCUACAAGGGAAACACAAAUGAUCGAGAAUUCGAAAGAUGCCAUCAAAGAGUCGAAUAGCAGCUUCACGAUGUUUACAGUGAAUACUACUAAGGCUUACUUAACCUUUGA